UGCAAAAACGUGAAAGAUUUUCCGGACUCGAAAGCCGCAGUCGUGAAAAUUUCUAUUUAUUUUUAAGUAAAAUGGUAAAAUUUAUUUUUUAUAAAACACUAUUGUAACGCAACCCUGUUUCAGUGUUAAAAUCCACAACAAACCCAUCCGGCUUUUAACCAACCCGAUCGAUACGAAAUUUUGGCAAACGCUGUGGUAGACGCUUCAAUAUGUACGAUCUGAAACCAAUCUUGAAACCGGUCCACGUCGAACUUCCGACCUGUAUGUACCCGAUGAAGCCGAUCAACAACCGCAGUGGCACGGUGGCGGCCGAGAGCACGGAAGAUCUUCCAGCAAUUCAAGCACUGGCAGCCAGACAGGACAAGAUUCUGAAGCAACUGGCUGAAUUGCGCAAGCAGUUAGUGACGAUGCGAACUGACUUAAAGCUGUGCAACAAACCAGUUCAACCAAUUGCCCAAGUCACAUCCGCGAAACCUGCCCAGAGCCAACCACAAACGAAAAAGAUUGAACCGAUUAAUCAAUCUUAUCUGCAAGACUUCGUCGUUAACGCUAGCCCCGAAAAUAUCCCCUACGGAUUGCUAGCCUUGAAAAAGCUUUGGAUCGAUCGCUUGAAUCUGCAGGUGGAAUGCUUCAUCCAUUCGACCAUUUCUCAGCUCACCGAGGAGGCACUCAACUUCCAAAAUGCGAUCACCAGUUUUGAGCCAAAACUGGAGAAUCUUCCCCGCAUCAAGGUGACCCUCAUCUGGAAAAAUGUCGGCACCUACACCGAAAUGAUCACCUCCCCGACGGCAUACGUUCCCAUCUGCGGUGAGGUCAACAUCCUGCGCUUCCUGUCCCGUUGCGGCCCGAAUGAAUUCAACUACGAGCGAAAUGACGAUGUUGCCGAAGUAGAUUCCAUUCUGGACACCUGCUACCUUCUGAUUAACAAGCAGAAUCUAAAGGACAAAAAGCAGGUGCUCAAUCUCCUCAGCUCCAAGCUGGGCAAGACGCCUUGCUUCGGAGGUGAUGAACUCUCGUUGUGCGACAUUGCGGCCACCAGUGCAAUCAAGCAGUUGCAGAAAUCACUGGCCAAGGAUAUCAACCCCAACAUGACAAAAUUGAUCGGCCGAGUGUCCGCUGUAGUGGGCAUUUAGGUAAGAGGAUCCUUGUCGAAAGUUAAAAUUGUUCUCGGUAAUUUUUAAAGCAAAAAGUAAAAUGAAUGCAUUUUCGCGAAGCAUCAGUUUAAUUUUCUUGAUUGCGCAGCACACGACAUAAUAAAUGUGAUUGGA